AUGCAUGUCGAACACCUCAUCACCAGGGCCGUGCUCACGGCCCACGCAGUCAUGUCAAUGCUGCUCCCGCGGCAGACACCGCCCCUCACGCUGUCUCAGAGGAAGCCCUUUGAGGAGUUGAAGCAAUAUAGAAAGUUCGUGACGGGCAACAUCAACGGCACGACGCUCAUUGUGCCUAUCCCGAUCGAACAAGCCCGCAUUAUCCUCCCCAAGCAAUACAAGUUCCUCGACGGGGCAUCAACAUGGCAGAAGAUGCUUCCCGGGCUCGAGGGCGACAUGUAUCCGCUGAUGUUGACGGCUGUAUAUGACCACGACGUGGGCAGCGACGGUUACGGCGUCAACACCAACAACUUUCAUGUAAGCCGCGCAGCAUUCGAGUUCCCAUUCGUCGACCGCCUCAACAAUGGUUACUCGGCAUUCCGCUGGACCGGCACCAUGAUGAUGACGGCCAACCACAUCGCCAUCCGCGGCGCGCGCCUUUACGAUAUGAGCGUCAUUCCCUCCUUCUUCUAUCCACCCAACGACGCGUACGACGGCGACAUGAACGGCAGGGCGACUUUUCAGGCCUGGUCCAAGGCGAAGAAGGACGAAAACCCCAAGGUCGAACUGUCCAUCGAGAGUUGGCCUGAUAUGGACUUUAUACCAUACUCGAUGGAAUUCAUGCGCAACAUCACAAACCAGCCGACGUUCGCGGGAGACGGGAACUGCGACGGGUACACUCGCCUGUUCAACACGUCACUGACGAAGGAUGAGGCUUUUGCGCCGGUGCCAGUCAGGGCGAACAUCAAGGCCAACCUGUCGCCCGUGGCAGCACCGGACAGGCCAAUGGAGCAAAAGGACGUCUACGGAUAUAGAAUGAGCACGGUCUUUCUUGAGCCAUUUGAACCCGCCAAAUGCGCCGAUCUGGCCGACUUCGCCGGCACAGGGCCAGGAGACAGCUCGCCGCCGGCACCCCCAGAUGAGUUGAUGCCGCCACAAUCAGACUCAUCUGACGAGAUGCGGUAG